AUAUACGGCGCGUCGGCCCGCCGCCCCGCCGAGUGUUCAGGUGCCUAGUGUCGGAGACACUUGAGCUCAAACAUGAGGAGGAUACUGCUCGUCGUCCUCUGCGCUCUGGCCGUGGCGCACGGCCAGAACCGCGGCUCGCGCCGCUUCACACCAUCCCCAUUCCUGGAGGGUCAGGACUGGGGGUUCGUACCGUCCAGCCGUACGACGCCUCAGCCGUGGUCCGGCCAGCCGGCCGCCUGGCCGCUCUCUGCUGGCCGACGUGGCACCAGCCGGCGACGCACCACGCCGCAGCCGCGACUCGGAGAGAAUGACAUCGACGACGGCUUCGGCGCCGUCUCGGCUGCCAAGGAGGAACAGGCACAGACUCCGAAGGCACCGGCGGCACCUAGACGCCAGCCUCAGAGGACACGCACCUCUGUCCGGCGACGCAGGCCCACUCGCGUCCAGGCGGCGGAGGUCACGGUGCCCGACGUGGCGAAGGUCCCCGAGGUGGCCGAGGCUGGCACUUCCACCACGGCCAGACCGGCCAGGCGUCGCACUACGUCGAGGGCGACCGAAACGACCACCCUGUCACUGCUGCGACAGCAGGUGGAGGAGCUGAAGAAACAGGCACAACAGCCGAAGAGGCGCUUUAGAGGCCGUCGUGUUAAGAAGAUCAGAAGGAUUAUCCACCCCGGUGAAGAUGAAGAUAAAGACGAGGAUGAGGAUGAGGAGGAUGAAGCGGCAAAUGAGCUGCAGAAGUCCGAAACAGUGACCGAGAAGCCAUCUGAGUCUACUGAAGCCUCACCUGAAGCGACAAGCACCACCACACUGAGUCCUAUCAUUCUGAGGCGGCAGAAGAAGAUCUUCCGCCAGGGCAGUCCCCGCCGAGGCAGCGGCUCCAGGCGUCAGUUCGCCAGCAGGCGCCGUGUUGUAACCCCGGCCGCUCAACCCCCGACUGAGGCGACCACCCCCGACCCGACCACUGUCCCCACCGUGAUCAUCCAGACCAGCAGUCCGUUUGAGCCCUUCCCGCUGGAUGACAAUGAGGUGGACGAUACCAAGACAGCAGACGACAAGGAGGUUAACAGUGAAGCAAGUCCCGGUACUGCGUUUACCAGAAUUACCUCUACAGCGGGAGGAAAGUUAUCUAACACUUCUUCGUCGUCAUCUUCUUCUGCUUCAGUUUCGACGUCCGAGUCCGAAACUGCAGUCGCAUCAAGCUCUCAGUCGUCUUCUGGCUCUAGCCUAAAUGGUGACAGCUCUACAAACGAAGUAGAGUCAUCAUCAACAGAGAACGAAGUGCGUUCUGAAGGAGCGGUUGUGACCAAGACUGUUCGCAGGCCGAUAUCUCGCGGAUCGGUCCGCGCCAGUUCCGCCUUCACCCGAACCCGCGGCAGCCAGGGCGUCUCGCGAGGAUCUGGCCGAGGACGCGCACGAGGCUCUGGGCGUCAGAGAGUGUCUAGCAGCAGUGCCACGAGUAGCAGCAGCAGCACCUCUAGGCGCCAGUUCGCCCGACGCCGGCGUCCAUCCGCCAGCGCGGCCGCCAACGCCAUCACUACGAGCACUGCAGCUACUACCACGACCACUACCGCUGCCACAACCAUCACCAACAACGACGCCACCACAACAGGCAUCGAUAGUCCGACUACCCAGCUAACGUAUGGAAAAGAUGGUCUAGCGUUCCCCAACAGUCUGGAAAGCUCUCCACCAGGACCAGGCCAGGUUGCGUUUAAUUCUGGGUCUGUGACUGGCACGCCAUUCCCGACGGUGUCGCCGGUGACCUCAUUCGGUAGAUUCCAGCCCGUAACGUCAUCUAGCAGCUUCCGGUUCGGGUCAGGAGAGGCUACACGGUUCGGCGUCACCCCGCGGCCGGUAUCGUCAACCACGUUUGCACCUGCAUUCGGUCCAACGACCCCGGCUGUUCCCGCCCAGUUCUUCGAUGGCAGUUUCGGAAACAGGAACUUUGGUCAGACUACACCCGUGACCACUACUGUGUUUGGCAACACCAUCAGUGAGAACGACUUCCGUCCCACGCCCGCGUCAGAGCCGGUGACGUUCUUCUCCUCAGCGAACUCGCAGGGCGCAGGUUCGGGACGACCUGGCUUUGGAAGCUUCUCCUUUGGAGCCAACUCUGUCAGCAGUAGCAGCUUCGGCCGUACUCCUUCCUUCAACAGCGUCCCUGUCACUGCACGACCCACGUUCCGGACUACAACGGCGGAGCCUGAUACUACCACAUUCGGCUUCUCUAAUGAAGGAAGAUUCGGCUCCCAGUCAAGUGUCACCACAGGUGGCUUCAGACCCAUUUCUUUCACCACACGCCACCCUGCACCGGCUUUCAACACCGACACCAACGUGCGUAUCUCUUCCAACGGCGCCUUCAGUUUCGGUACUGGAGUGGCUAACCCUUCAGUCCCCGGUUCCGACUUCAGUCAGCGGGUCACCACACCGCGACCCGAGCUACCGACGGGCAGGCCGUUCACAAGCUCCUUCGGAGUUACACGCCCAUCCUCUCAGGCGCGGGUGCCAGCUGUCCUCACUGAGGCGGCCCGCUUCUUUGGAUUGCAGACGGGUCCGACAGUCCAGACCAACUUCGGGCCGGCCAGCUCGUCCGGAGGCUCGGUAUCGACGUUCAGUCAGACUGUAGAUCACCCGGCUCCCGCCUCCAGCUCCGGCAGCUUCUCGUUUGGCAGGGCAGUGACGGGCGCGAGCACGCUGGUCCAGUCUGUGGCCACCAGUCCGGCCCCGCCGGCCACCACCACCACCAGCCGGCCGGAGACGCUGCCGCCGGCCACCGAGUGGCCCCAGAGUUUCCCCUCUGUCACCGAGUGGCCGAAGAGCUUCGCCUCUGUCACCGAGUGGCCGCAGACCAGUCCUGCUGCCGAGCCGCCAACCAGCCACACAUCUCUGAGCGGCGGACAAACCUUCUCCCACAGCCAACAGCAGGGCCCCGUCGGUAACAGCCUUCAGGAAAAAUCCCGGGUCCCGCAAAAGCAGCCUUCCUCCAAAAAGUCCUCAUCCUCCUCAACUUUCUCGUCAUCCUCCUCCCAGAACAGUUUGGACUCGGGCCGUUCGGCAGGCUCUGGCCGCAGCUUCGGCUCCUCCUCGGGCACCAACACCUUCUUCCGCACCGGCGGUGUGAGAGGCUUCGAGUUCCAGCAGGAGGGCGGCGUCAUCACACGCUCGUCACACCUGCGUGGCUUCGACACCCGGCUGCCGGCGUUCCACGAGAACGUGGUCAUCAGCGACCCGGUGUUCAGCAGCAAGGACAUCAAGCCUGGAUUCACGUGUGAGGGCAGGCCGUACGGGUACUACGCCGACGAGGCCAACGACUGCAGCAUCUUCCACAUCUGCCAGCCCGUGGACGUCUCCAGCGUCAGCAAGUUCUACACUCGUUACAGCUUCUUCUGCGGCGCGGAGACCCGUUUCGACCAGUCCAAGCUCUCGUGUCUACACAAGGACGACGCCAUGCCGUGCUCAGAGUCGGCCAGCUGGCUUUUCCGUAACGACGAGUUCGGAAUUCAGGAGAAGCGCUCGAACGAGCAGAGGUUCAAGGAUGAGGUGCAGGGCACGCCGGCCGUCGUCUGAUGGCCCCACAGCGGUCAUCUGAGGUCGCCGAGGGUCACAGGGAUUCGCCCGAGAUCGCCAGAGAUCACCUGACGUCAACGGGGUCACCUCAGGUCACAGAGGUCACCGGAGGUGAACAGAGGUCACCAGGGGUCGUCACGCCACGCGACAGGACCAUUAGGCGAACGGUGUGACGUGACUCACAGGCCCCGUGACCCGCGUGAUGUGUGACGUGCUGGACUUAUCGCAUGUGACGUAUGUGACGUAUGGCUCACCGGUGCCGUCACAUGUGUGACGUUUGACUCAUCAGAUGUGAUGAUAACACUGCCUGUCAGGGAGCGUGAACGGCAGAGGCAACACUGGCAAAUAGCGCGUCCGUAAGCAGAGUCAGACGGGCAAUAUGAUCCGCGUGACUGUGUUGGACUGAUUGUGUGGGGACGGAGAGCGUCCGAGCACGAGCUCACACGGAGUGGGACAGGUGACUGUGUUGGACAGAGUGUGUGGUGACGGAGAGCGUCCGAGCACGAGCUCACACGGAAUGGGACAGCCGUGACUGUGGUGCGCUUGGGUGCGCUACAUGCCAUGGACGCGAGUGGGAUGUGAUAUUCGAGCGGUGUGCGUUGUAAUGUGUGUGCUAUUGAACCAUGCAUCGAGGAGGCAGAUGAAACUAUUAUAGAUGCAACGAGUGACGACUGUCGUGGAAGUCACAAUUUUGGACCGGUUUUUCAUUUUGUAAUGGAAUGGCUACAGUGAAGCUACAUAAAGCUACACCUAUAAAUUUUGUUGACAUAUUGCAGGACGCUUCAAACCGUUGAAAAUUAGACUUCCUGUAAAGUGACCUCGUACAGACAAAGCGUGUCCAAUUGGUUCAUGUCUUGGAUGUGUGCUUCACUUGUAAGAUCAAAUGUAAUAUAAUUGAAUGCUUGCCCCAGAACCCACUCCGUUUUGCUGCAAUGUGCGCGCUUCAUGUGUAUGCUGUCCGUAUUGCGUAAACGUAUGGAUAAUGGAUAUGGAUGAGUGAUCGCUCCGCAUCAAGAGGCAUGUUCAAUAAAUAUAGCUGCAUGAA